GAGCGGGAAACCAGAGAAGACGAAGGGUCGGGGAGGCCAAAAUCUGUCCGUCAGUCCCCCUCAGUCUCUCUUUCACUCUCAUCUCACUCUCGAACUCUCUCUCGCGCCAUGGGGCGGACCCGAUCAUCAAAGAGACAACGCGUUGAGGAAGCUCCUGAGGAAGGGGCUGGGUUGGAAGUGAACCGGGAUAGUGGCGAGAGUCAGAUACCGGCGGUGGUUCAUGACCAAGACGUUGGCACUCGUUCCCCUGUCCUUGUCUUUGCUCAUGGAGCCGGAGCUCCUUCUACCUCUGAAUGGAUGCUUAGAUGGAAAGAGAUGCUAGGAAGAGCAUUACAUGCCGUUGAAGUAGUCACUUUUGACUAUCCAUAUAUUUCAAAGGGUAAGCGUGCAGCUCCUCCAAAGGCAGAAAAAUUAGUUGACCACCAUUUGGAUGUUGCAAUGAAGGCUGUUGCAAAAUUUUCUGGGCAUCCACUUAUUUUGGUGGGAAAAUCUAUGGGUUCAAGGGUGAGUUGUAUGGUAGCCUGCACUGGGAAAGUUCAAGUGUCAGCUGUGUUGUGUUUGGGCUAUCCACUAAAGGGCAUGAAUGGAGCAAUUCGAGAUGAAAUUCUCUUGCAACUAACCACUCCCACUAUGUUUGUACAGGGUAGCAAAGAUGGAAUGUGCCCCCUGGAGAAACUGAAUGCUGUCAGGAAGAAGAUGAAGGCACGCAAUGAGUUGCAUGUGGUGGAUGGUGGUGAUCAUUCUCUGAAAGUUGGAAAGCAAACACUAAAAUCAGAUGGAGUGACUCAAGCUCAGGUAGAAGAGAAGGCCUUGACAUCAAUUGCAGAAUUCAUAAGCAGUGUUCUUGAAUGUGGACCGUGACAUUCUAAACCUGUGUUAUUCUAACGAUAACAGGAACAACGAAAGAAAAAAAAUGAAGUCCAACCUUUUGCUUUUCA